CCGGCAUCCCCGGACCCCGCAUUCACUAUAGCCGGCGUCCCCGGACCCCGCAUUCACUAUAGCCAGCUCUCCCCGGCCCCGCAUUCACUAUACCCAGUCUCCCCGGCCCCGCAUUCACUAUACCCGGUCUCCCCGGACCCCGCAUUCACUAUAGCUGGUGUCCCCGGACCCUGCAUUCACUAUACCUGGUCUCCCCGGACCCCGCAUUCACUAUACCUGGUCUCCCCGGACCCUGCAUUCCCUAUACCUGGUCUCCCCAGACCCCGCAUUCACUAUACCUGGUCUCCC